AAACUACCUACGCGCCACUUCAAGUUUCUUCACCCCCAAGCCGCCGCUUGGCCUUCUCUACCUCGUGCUUCAGCAACGGCUCGCGUCGCUGACAGCUUCGGGGACAUCACGAUUCUCUUCAUUGCUUCACUUCCCGUUCAAUAUGUGGCGUUCCUUUGGAAUCCGGGCCUUAGAGGUCUGGCUUAUUAACCGGCUGCUGGCCAGCCCGAUUUUUCACAGGAUGGUUGGUAGGGUCCACCAACAAGUCCAGCGCCUCAAACACGGUAUCCCCCCGGAGGAGAUGGGGGGUACCAAGUUAGAACGACAAGGCCCUGAUGUAAAACGUUUUAUCAAGCUCUUCAAGGAGGAGGUUCAGUAUCUGUUCUGGAAGCCACCGGGGAAAUAAAAAUGUUGCUGAUGCUGCUUCUGUUCGGUUUGGCCUCAGGAUUGAUGCUUGACUAAACCCUCCGUGCUUUUUGAGAUACCCAGAAAUACGAUUUUCCAGUCCAUACCUUGCCUCCCGUCCAGAUAUUCCCACCACUAUCGCAAG